AUGAACCUCGCGCCCGGCGGAACACCACUCAUCCCAAUCUCGAAAAUGGCAUCCCGACCACACCUCAUGCCGCCUCACAAUGAGACCGAGCAUUCAGUCAGCAGGAUCACUCGGGAGGGCAAACAACUCACAUACAAAUUGAGCGUGAUGCAACAACCAGAGCGGGCAAGGGCAUGUGGCGCUGGAGCAAAGUCCUCGGCCGAUCGCCGUCCCGUUGACCCUCCGCCUGUCGUCGAACUCCGGAUAUUCGAAUCGGACCCCGCCAACGAUGCCCAGAAGACAGAUAUCACAUUCGCCUACAACGCCAACUUCUUCCUGUACGCAACUCUCGACACUGCACGCCCUAUCGCCCAUGGACGGGUGGCUGGUCCACCGUCGUGCCCUGUGUUGACUGGUGUGCCGGUCGCCGGAGUCGCGUACCUCGAUCGUCCAUCGCAGGCCGGAUACUUCAUUUUCCCGGAUCUCUCGGUGCGCCACGAAGGCCGAUAUCGUUUGAAUUUCCACCUAUAUGAAGAGAUUAAGGAGGCCAAGGACGCCGACAAGGACUCGACUUUACCUCUGCCUAACCAGGUCAACGGUGCCAAUGCGAACCCCGGCAAGCCUCAAGCAUACCUGCACUUCCGUCUUGAGGUCAAGUCUGUCCCAUUCACCGUGUACAGUGCGAAGAAAUUCCCUGGGCUGGCCACAAGCACCUCUCUCAGCCGAAUUAUUGCGGAACAGGGUUGCCGAGUACGCAUCCGUCGUGAUGUUCGCAUGAGGCGACGGGGCGACAAGCGAGAAGAAGAUUACGAGUUUGAUGAGGAACGUGCAGCGGCAUAUGCGAGAACUUCAGACCGAUAUACGACACCCGAUAGAUAUGUGAACUCGAUUGAACGACCACGAUCAAACAGCAAUGGCAGCAACAUCGAAUCGCCCUAUGGGUUUGUUCCACCAGAUCGACGUCCAUCUGCACCGGACUACGGAUUCCAGUGCCCACAGCCAUACUCGCGGCCAUCUAUGCCCAUGCCACCUGCCCCCCUGUCUCACUCCCAAACACCUUCUUACCAAUCGCAUCUAUCAUUCGGCUCAACACCAUCACAUUAUCCAGCUCCUCACAUGCCCCCUACACCUCCUCCAAUCGCCCCUCAAGGCAUCUACUCUCCACAGAACGGCUACGCUCAAAUACGACACCCAUCCAAUGCUUCGGAGUACGAGGGGACGCCCUUUGCGUAUCCUAUGGCGCCCCAAAUCGCGCCCGAGCGUGGUGGCUAUCCCGAUCGCAAUACCUACCCCAAGUUGAUGAGCUCUUAUCGCAUGGACCCUCCGAAAGCCCAACCCUAUAUGGAGCCUCGUGUGGCUGAACCUCCGCGCUUGGAGACUCAUCAAAAUCUCUAUGGGCCCAUGCCUCAAAUCCCGGUAUCGCAGCCUCAGCCCUCAAGCAUGGCCCAGCCCUCGACUAUGCCUCAGUCUGUGGCACCAAUCAAGCCUAUUGCAAGCGAUUAUACCAGCCAGAUUGUUCCUUCUGUGGAAUGCUUAUCGCCGGGUCCCAGUGGAUACGACAAUGUUGCAGGAAAACGUAUGUUGUAUCACACCGGGCCAACAUAUGGCAAGCGGUCUCAUGAAGAUACUUUCGGGCUUGACGAGCGCUCAAUGCAGAACGGUAUGCGACCUGACACCGAGACUUACCCGCCAGCCUAUCGCGACUUUGCAGGGGAAAGCCGGGCUGCAUUAAUGGCUGAAUUGGGCAUCGAAAUGGCCUACAAGCGUGCCAACGGCAAGACGGUCAUGAAGGCUGCCCCCUCAACUUGA